CAAAUUAACCAGUUCCUUUAAAAAAACAUUAAGUUAAAUUUUUUAAACAUAACUGUUUAUUUUUUAUUGCAGAAUACAUUGUAGUCCAUGAUGAAGUUGUUUUUAAUAUUAGCAAUACCAUUUAUGGUAGUAACAGUUAAGCCUUGGAAAAUGAAAAUGAAAGAGUAUCCUUAUGCCGAUAUGAAUUUAGAACAAAAAGUGGCACACGAUGGAUAUCCCUUGGAGCAAUAUCAAGUAAUAACGAAAGACCACUAUUAUCUCACCAUCUUUAGAAUACCAUAUGGUAGAAACUUAACUGACAGUAUAAACCGAAGCCCAGUUCUAUUGGUACAUGGCAUGGGUGCAAGUAUAGAUAUGUUUCUACUCCUGGGCCCAGGAAAGGGACUAGCAUAUGCACUUGCAGAUAGCGGGUAUGAUGUCUGGUUAUUAAAUGCAAGAGGACUUUGGAAAUCCCAACGACAUAAGUUCUACAAUAUAAACAAACAUCGAAGAUAUUGGAAAUUUUCGUUUCAUGAAAUAGCCAUCUACGAUCUAGCUACCAACAUAGACUUCAUACUAGAAAAAACAAAACAAAAACCUUUUCUUAUUGGACAUUCUCAAGGGAACACCUGUAUCUUCGUUUUACUGGCAAUGAAACCUGAUUAUAACGAUAAAAUUAAAAUGGGCGUAGCUUAUGCCCCAACUAUCAAAAUAGUUGUAGAUAACAUUGCCGCUAAAGUUUUUGUUUACGGCGAGGAAAUGGUAGAGGGACUGUACGCCUUACUUGGAGCUGAUGAGUUAACCAUAAUGCCCAAUAUUAUGAGUAUCUUUAGCACAAUAUGCAAAGAACAAUUAUAUUUUUUAACUCUAUGUUAUCAUGUACUACAGGUAAUUGGCUCACAUCAGUCUCAACUCAUAGAUAAAGAUCUUGUGCCGGCAAUAGUUAGUUCAGUUCCUCGAAAUGCAGCUAUGCAAUUCCUUCAUUAUAUGCAAAUUGCAAAAAGAGGGACAUUUGCGCAAUACGAUUAUGGUGCCAAAAGAAAUAUGCAAAGAUAUAAUAGUAGCACACCGCCUCUAUAUGACCUUAAUAAAAUAACAGCUUGCAUUGCUAUAUUUUAUGGAGAAAAAGACGAUAUAAUAACAGUAAAGGGUUCUUUAGAGACUAUUGAUAUGCUACCAAAUGUUUGUUAUAUCCAUAAAGUUGAAUACCCAUACUUUAAUCACAUCGAUUUUAUAUUUGCCAAGAAUGCCUCUGAGUUAGUUUAUAAACCGACUGUAGAUAUUUUCAGGAAAUACGAUGCUGAACAUAAUUAAAAUAAUCAGGAAAUGACGAUUAUACAGAGUGUCCCAAAAGUAGUGGAACGGUCGCAUAUUUCGCGAACUAAACAUCGGAUCGAAAAACAGAAAAAUACGUGUUCAAUCAUUUUCCAAAAUCUAUCCAAUGAC